AUGAUAAUGGCCUCUGUGACGUUAACAAACCGGUAAGUAUACAGUUGUCUCGAGAGGCUUUAACAAAACUGUGAAAGGUUGGCAUUCAUGUUCGCAAAGUUACUUGCUUUGAUGGUCUCGAUGAUUUCCAGCAUGCGAACAAAGAAUCGUACAUUUUUAAAAUGUGCGAAUCAAGAGUUACGGUAAAUAAUACAAGUAAAAUGGUUGGAUUUAGUUCUGCAAGUGAAGAUUCUCAAGAGAGAGUGAUUAGCAUAUGAAUGUUUUCAGACAUAUCUUCUACUACUUGCAUUACGUGCGUGUCAACGGUAUCAUAAUGAAUUUGAUAAUUAUUUGAGCUAAAAAAAUUUAGUGCCAAGACUGAAAUGAAAGAAUCAGAGUCAUACAAAGUAUUUUAAAUAAUCGGUAAAUAAUUUAUUUUACUGUCUUAAAAUUUGCUGCACAUGAGGAUUUCAACCUUCUUCAACCCACGUGAAACAUUUGGAGUCCUUUGUCUCCCUGUCAUCAACUCACCUCACCUCUAAUCAGUAAACUAAUCUGCCUUUCGCUUGUUGAUGAAAUAGUUGCGGCAGGGGUGGGGGAGGGCUACAGCCACCUUUUUAGUUUUGUUAGCCCCCCUCCCUCCCCCUGUGUCUCAGGAUAUCCCCACUUGUCCACCCAAAUGAUCCCAGAAAUCUCUGCACCCAAAGCUUGUGCCCAUUCUUUCUAGAGGUUCUGAAGUUCCCCAACCCCCAAACCAACCGUAACUGAAUAGCCCAGUGAACCAAGUGUUGAACGAUUUAACCAUACUAAAAUAAUAAUAAAUUAUUUCUGUCAAUAACUGCAGGGAAUUAAAGAACAAGGCUACUGGUAUUGAUAUCCGUGUACCACAGCAUGAACAUAUUUCUGGUCCACUCGGUGGAAAUGUCUUGUACCAUGUGAUUGUUGUGACACGGUUGUUCUACUUCAAAACUCCAGGUAAACACAAGGAGUCUGAUGUUGUCCAGUUCAUGGUAAGUAGACAGUGUAUAGACUGUUUAUCUUUGAAAAAGUAGCUGAAGUCUUUUUCAACCCCCAGGGAAGCUGUUAACUAGUUCUAAAAGCCAAGUUUCCAAAAGCUGGGUGUCCGGCAGCCAAUAAGAAAUCAAGAUUCCUACUUGACUUAGAAUUGUUUUGGGAAGUUAAUUUAACUAAUAUUAGGGUUCAAUUCUCCAGACCCGUAAAAAGUCUGGAAAAUAGCGAUAUGUUGGAAAACAAUAAAGUCUUUUUUUCAAAGCUACAACAAUUAUUCCUGACAUAAGUGAAUUUUUUUCAUUUUGGUCAAAGCUUUAUUCAAUCUUUCCUACACCUUUGCAGUGCAUUGGGAAAAAAGCUUUGUUCCUGUUUUUUUUAAGGCGGCUUUAUCACCUAUUUGGUAACCUCGAGUCUGGAAAAAGAAAUUAUUGUUUUCAAAAAAAGUCUUGAAUUUUGGAUCCAGAAAUCUACAUGAAGCAUGUAAUAUAAUUACAGUCAAACCACCAGUAACUGACUAUCUAAUGUCUUUCUGAGAAAAUUUUGAGUUUUAGGUAUAGGUCAGGUUCCAUAUGCAUGAGGUUGCUGUCACCUGAAGUGACUUCAAGUUGAAAUAAACAAAUAAUAGAUAUUAACCAACUGUCUUUUAUUGUUUAUUCCAGAUUCCACAAAAAUAUGAGGUUUUUGAAGACCUUUGUGCUAAACUCUCACAGAAGUUUCCCAGUGUUGUAUUUUCUUCUCCACCAAAGAAGACAUUUUUAGUCAGUGAUUCAGUAAUCUCAGAUCGUCGCCGGUAUAUGGAGGAUGUGCUUCAACAGAUAGCCAGGACUCCAAAACUAGCUUGUAGCUCAUUGGUUUUGGAAUUUCUUGGAGCAAAAAGAGGGCAUAAGGAUGUAAACCGACUUGAAAUAACCCAGACAAAGAAAGUAAUGAAUAGCAAACAAAUUAUAAGACCUUAUAACUAUAAAAGUGUCUGUACACAGGCUACCCAUUAUCGUUAACUUUAAGCCAGAAGACCCAGAACUUGAAAGAAAGUAUAAAGUGAUAGAAUCCAAUACAGCUUUUUAGUGGAGCAAAAUCAUAUGCAAGUGGAGCCCCAUAGCUAAGAAAAUUUGGUUGUCUAUCCAUCCGAUAAAUUUUGUUAGUCUCAUGACUGUCUGUCCAGCCAUCCCGCAUCCUUCCAUACCACAGGGCUCCCAAUGUGAAAUCUCCCACUUUCUAGCUUAUUGUGGGAGCCUGUAACCUGAUAUUGCACAUUUAUGUUGUGGUCAUUUGAUAGCUGCAAAACAGAGUAUCCACUGGCCAGUAUCACAUGACCCUAUUGCAGGCUCAGGUGUUGGCCUAUCAAGGUUACAUGUUUUUGGAAGUUAUCUGCUGACAAGUCACUAGUUUUUAACUACAUGUAAUAACAGGGUUAACGCCGAGUGGAUUUCUUUGCAGUGGUUACAAUGGUUACAUGGUUGUUUAAAGCAAAUUAAUUGUAAAUAAUUUUAUGUACAGGAACUUUGCCUUAAGCCUUGGCUAAAUCUCUAUAUUAUUAUUGAAAUUCUGCUUAGGAUCCAAAGGCAGAGGAAGAAGAAUCUUCGGAACAGAAACCUGUCAAAGAAGAGGAAGUGGAAGAUGUAGACUUGUUUGCCAAAACAGAUGAAACAGAUGUAGCCCAAAACAAUGGCAAUGAAGAGGAUGAAGAGGAAGACUUAUUUGCAACAGCUAAGGGCUCAUCUGAGGCACAAAUGACUGGUUUCUCAAUCUUCGACAACAAUGACAAAGAAGACUUGGAUGAUGAAGAUAUCAAUAAACUAUUUAUUCCUGCAGGUGCGGAUGAAAAUAAGAUCAGCCUUGAAGUAGAAGACAAUUCGCAGCUUCUCAAGUGAGUUUUAACUAAGUUUGGUGAGUAGGUUUGUUUUUGGAAAAUAACGUUUGAUCAUAUUAACAUUUUGUGACAAAAGGGUCAAACCACAGAACUUUUUCCGUUUUUCAUAACUUAACGUAACAUAGCGUAACAAAAUAACGUAACGUAACGAAAUCUAAUGUAACAUAUCACAACAUAACCCAACGUCACCGAACGAAACGUGACUUGAUGUAACGUAGUUGAUGUAUUUACCUACAAUAUAAUUUAUUAUCACGCUAAGGAGCAUUUUGCAUGCUCGUUUAAAAAGCGGGUGUCCGUAAAGCAGGGUUUGACUUUACCUUAGUUUUUACUGGAAAGUAAAUUCAAUGAACACUCUCCUAGACUGAGCCAUUGUUUCGGUCUUCUCUCGACGCCCUCCGCCACGCAGAGUUGAGUCUUGUAUAGGAGAGUCUCGGCGAGGAGUAUAAUUUCAUAGUCUAAGUAAAAGUUCUCCCCACUAUAUAUGUAUUUGUUUACAGCAUCGAGGAUGACUUGGACAAGCUACUGACUACAAAAAGCAAGCCUGCAAAGCCAGCUAAACCGGCUAAACCAGAAAAACCCGUAGCAAAACCACGACUUAAGCCGAAACCAGAUCUGAAGCCAAAGCCGACUCCUAAACCCAGGUUUGCGGAGGCGGGAGCUGGCGAGGAGGAACUGUUUGGUGGAGGAGUUCCUACUGCUAAGCCAAGAAAGCCGAAGAAACCACCAGUUCCGAAGAAAAAAGCGACGGGUGGAGAUGAAGAUCUGUUUGUGCACGCAAGAAAGCAGUCUUUCAAUAGGUUUGUUUCGAUGAUUUUUUUUGUGGCGGGGCAGCAGUAAUGGCAAUGUACUUUCCUCCUAAGAGCGGAAACAGACCAUUUUGAAAAAUAUCCAAAUUUUAGUUGAUAUAAUUCCGCAAUACUAAUCUGAGCACCAUCUGAAAGAACGGUCAGAGAGGUUUCAUUUGAAUGGUCUCACCACAAGAUUUCAUCCACCGACUCAAAAGUUAGAACCACCGUAGGUAUCAGUUAAACAGUACCACACUAACGAAGAACUGCUUAGUACUUAGCCUUCAUGCAUUGGAAUGGUCGCACCUCAGUUAUGAUUUCGCUGUUCACAGACUUAACUGUUAGAACUACAUGCCUUAUGUAAAAAGGUCUUCUGCUUGCGGGUCUUAAAAGACCAACAAGCAGAAAAUUGCUCAUAAAUCUCAUCAAAAUUCAGGCAAGUUCGACUGAUGCCAACUUCAGGGCGACAAAUCGCCACGAAAUAUCGCCGUUAGUUUACACGUGCGCAUAGUUCUCAGCAGUCGUCCCACUUUAGCCUGCGUGGCAGGUACCGUUUAGUUUUUUUUUUUCAGUUUUUAUAGACCGCGCGAGGAGAACACCCCCAACUCUCUCUCUCUCGCUCUCUACGGAGUAGCCUGCGAACGCAGCCGCGUGGAGAGAAGCGACGACCGAAAAUGCGUCUGCGUUUGUAGGCCAUCUACGUAGGCUAUCCCACUUUAAUAUCGCCUGUUUAACAUAAAGGAUAUUUUUAUACUGAUAUUAUUCAUGUUAUUUGGUAAUGCCGUAGAACACCAUCACGUGAGGACGAAACACUGGACGACAUAUUUAACCUUCCUGCAAAAUCAGCUUUUACAACGACAGAGGAAGAUGACGACUUGUUUAAGUCAACAACAUCAGUCAGUGAAGUGGCGGUACAAGACAUGAGUGCAGACGAUAUAGCCAGUUAUAUUCAGCAGAACAUGCCGCAAUCAGAUGCAAAGCUUGAUUUAUUUGGUAACUAAGUGAAGUAAACAACAAAAGUGAAUGAAUAUCAAAAGAAGAAACGAACUCAGAGCAAGAGAAGCUUAGCCUGCGUGGCAGGCGUUUGAAAGGGAAGGGAAAGGGAGUUUUGGGAAAGGGAGUUUUAGGCGCGAGAGAAACGCGAGGGGCGCGCGAGGUCUCGCGCCCUAAUUCCCUUCCCCUUCCCUUUCGAACGUCUGCCACGCAGGCUAGAGAAGCUUGGCAAAGUGGAUCAACUUCUUUGAUUGCUUUUCAAAUAUUUUUCAAAAACAUGUACAUGCUAGCUUGCAUAUGGCUAGGGAUAAGGCAAGCGAAGCCUGUUCAGUAGGGAAAGAGUUGGUCCCCUUUUCGUCUCUUCCCGCUUUCGCUUCAAUUCAUUUCGCCUUACCCCUCAAAAGAGGAUUACCGUGGAUUAAUUCUAUUAUUAUUAUUAACUCUUUAAUUCUUAUCUAAACAUUGUAGCGUACCUUUUAACUUGGAAAAGUGAAGUAGCUAAAUGAAUCAGUCUGCCCACCAAGCUAUUAAAGUAAACUAAGCCACGCGAGUGGUAACAAAAGUUUAUUGAAUAUUUCUGCCCGCUGUAAUUUUUUCCCUUUCACUUAAAUGCUGCAUCUUUCACUUUUGUGACUUUGAGCUGUGUAUCUCGAAAA